UGGGCACCAUGGUGCGGGCCUUGUUGUAUGAUUCACCCACUCAUAGAUAAAUUGGCAAAGCAAUAUGCUGGGAAGCUUAAUUGCUACAAGGUUAACACAGAUGAGAGCUCUUUAAUUGCAACCAAGUAUGGGAUUCGAAGCAUUCCAACUGUUAUGAUUUUCAAGAAUGGAGAGAAGAAAGAUGCUAUCGUUGGUGCUGUUCCAGAAUCAACGUUGACAACCUCCAUAGAAAAGUUCUUGUAGUUUUGUAAG